AAAUUGGAUUUGUAAUAUUUGACAAUGGCGCACAUGUCACAUAUGCUACCACAAGCGUCAACAACGUCAGGCGUUUCAUCAGGUAGCUCCUCACGUACCAUGUCUCUAAUGGAGAAACAAAAGUAUAUCGAGGACUACGAUUUUCCGUACUGCGACGAAAGCAGUAAAUAUGAGAAAGUGGCCAAAAUAGGUCAGGGCACAUUUGGCGAGGUGUUCAAGGCACGCGAAAAGAAAAGCAACAAAAAGUUUGUGGCCAUGAAGAAGGUGCUCAUGGACAAUGAAAAGGAAGGUUUUCCCAUUACGGCCCUGCGCGAGAUACGCAUCUUGCAGCUGCUGAAGCACGAGAAUGUCGUCAAUCUCAUUGAGAUUUGCCGCACCAAGGCGACCGUUCACAACGGCUAUAGAUCCACUUUCUAUUUGGUCUUUGAUUUCUGUGAGCAUGAUUUGGCCGGUCUGCUGUCGAAUAUGAAUGUCAAAUUCAGUCUGGGCGAGAUCAAGAAAGUGAUGCAGCAACUCCUCAAUGGCCUCUACUACAUACACAGCAACAAGAUUCUGCACCGCGACAUGAAGGCUGCCAAUGUUUUAAUCACAAAACAUGGCAUUUUAAAGUUGGCCGAUUUUGGUUUGGCCCGUGCAUUUAGCAUUCCAAAGAACGAUUGCAAGAAUCGUUAUACAAAUCGUGUGGUUACGUUGUGGUAUCGUCCGCCAGAGCUGCUGCUCGGUGACCGCAACUAUGGACCGCCGGUGGAUAUGUGGGGCGCCGGCUGCAUUAUGGCCGAAAUGUGGACACGUUCGCCCAUCAUGCAGGGCAACACAGAGCAGCAGCAGUUGACCUUUAUCUCACAAUUGUGCGGCUCAUUUACGCCAGACGUUUGGCCGGGCGUCGAGGAACUGGAACUGUACAAAUCCAUUGAGUUGCCAAAGAAUCAGAAGCGACGCGUCAAGGAGCGUCUACGUCCGUAUGUCAAGGAUCCGACUGGCUGUGAUUUGCUAGACAAACUCUUGACGCUGGAUCCCAAGAAACGCAUCGAUGCGGAUACAGCACUGAAUCAUGACUUCUUCUGGACUGAUCCCAUGCCCAGUGAUCUAAGCAAAAUGCUUUCGCAGCAUUUGCAGAGCAUGUUCGAGUAUUUGGCGCAGCCACGUCGCAGCAAUCAGAUGCGCAACUAUCAUCAGCAGCUGACAACGAUGAAUCAGAAGCCGCAGGAUAAUAGUAUGAUUGAUAGAGUCUGGUAGAAUUUAAGCACUAUUAUUAUUAUUAAGUUAGAUGUGAACACAUACUGUAUAUGCAGCGGUUCAAAGAAGUCUCGGAUUUAAGUGUAUAUCAACAUAAAUAUUUUUAAAUAUAUUGUUAGUGCGCUGAAAAGCAAACAUUUCCAUAC